ACUUUGCCAACCAACACCGAAAAAAAAAGGUUCUGUGUGAAGACCCGCACCGCAAUGGCUGCGCGCUUGUUCUUAUUUGGCCUGUCGGCCGCAGCGGUCUUGGGCCAGUCCCCCAGGUAUGACUGGGGACCGAGUCUUGACAUUGGCAUUAUUCUUUUCCCUGGCUUCCAGCCUCUGGAUGUCAUUGCCCCGGCCGAUAUCAUGAUGGCUCUCUCCGGCACCGUCAACAUGACCAUCUCCUUCAUCUGGAAGGAACCCGGCCCCGUCUGGGCCCGCUCACCGCCGCGCCUCAACCCACCGCCUCCAAACCCAAACAUCCCACCGACGAUCUUCCCGAUCCAGGCGCCAAGCUUCAUGGCGACGCACUCCUUCGCCGACGCGCCGCCGCUCGACAUCCUGCUCGUGCCCGGCGGCUCCGGAUCCCGGGUGCUGCACGACUACAAUGACACCUCGAUCGAGGAUUUCGUCCGCGCGCGCUACCCGACCCUCAAGUACCUGCUCAGCGUCUGCACGGGGUCGGGGUUCUUGGCCAAGUCCGGGGUGCUGGACGGGCGUCGCGCCACCACCAACAAGGCGGCGUGGUCGUGGCCGACGCAGUUUGGCACCAAUGUGACGUGGGUGCCCACUGCGAGGUGGGUCGAGGACGGGAAUAUUUGGUCCAGCUCUGGUGUUUCCGCAGGCAUUGAUAUGACAUAUGCCUUCUUCUCCAGACUGCUCGACCAGAACAUGGUGGAUAGGACCAUGAACAACAUCGAGUAUGCGCCGCAUCUGGACGAGCACUGGGAUCCGUAUUCUGUUGUGCAUAAUGUUCCUGGCGCCGACCAAUCUCAGUCUUUGGGUGAGUGCGUUGGCCCAGCUGGCUAUGAAUUCACCUGCGACAAGGAUUAA